CUUCGUGUUUCUCGACAGGCAUACUCCCUUCGAGACCCUCCACACGCAAGCAUCUUUUCUCAGGUAGCAUUGGCUGCACUCUCACCUGCUUCCCCUACUACGUCUCAGUCUCCUGAAGGCUCAAAUUUCCUUUGGCUAGUCACUUACGAAUGUUUGAAGCGAAAUCCAUUUACAGAAUCAUCUUCCUUGUACAAUUCUCAUACUGCCCGUCCUAGCUCUGCCCCUACCAAUGGUGUUAGUGAGUUAAAUGAUCAAGCUCGUCUUACCUGGUGGAAAAUUUUGCGUGAGCCGAAGGUUCUCUCUAAACUCGAUUCUGAAGAGACUGAAGCUCAAUUAACUGACUACGCAAAUGAAUUUUCAACGAAAAAGUGA